AUGGUUCAAAUCUCCAAGUCUUUCGCUGUCGCCGCCCUCGUCGCUGCCCCCGCGCUGGCUGCCCCUAUGAUGCAAUCCUCGGAGGAGUACAUGGAGGCUCGGGAUUUCAAUGAUGUCGAGCUCGUCGAGCGUAAAUUUAGCGGCUUGGCUAGUGCAUUGAACACAUUCGGCAUGCUCUCGACUGGUGUUUCGCUCGCUACUGGUCUGGGAUCCCUUUUCAAGAAGAAAGAGAAACGUGCUUUCGAGGAGGACUUAUUGGAAGCAAGGGAGCUUAUUGAUGAAGUCGAUGCGCGCAACCUUGCCGGUCUUCUGAAGAGCGCUGGAGCACUCAAGUAUGCCUAUCCCGCUCUUGGCGGUCUAAUCGGUGUUGGUCUCGGCGCCGGCUCCGCAUGGCGAGCCAACAACAAACGAGACUUCAUCGAUGACAGCCUCAUGGACGCACGAGACUUCCUGGACGACUCGUUCGACGCCCGGGAGUUCAUCGAAGAUUCAUUGGAUGCUAGGGACUUUGAAGAUGUUCUUGAUGCUCGUGCUGUGUUGGAGGACUUGGAGCUUUUGGAGCGAGGUUGGGAUGAGCCGAUGGAUGUGUAUGAGCGGGAGUUCUACGACGAUCUCGAUUAAAUAAUUAAUUAAUUACUAUCGUAUGGAGGUACACUAAUGCAUUUUUUUUUGCUUGUGC